CUCUCUUCCUGUCUUGCUGAGGGAGGGGACGGAGCUGACGGCUGGGAGGACGAAAGGAGACAGAAAGAUUCAAGAGAGAGGGGAUCGGCCCGGGUUUCCACUGCUAACACUCCCGGUUUUCUGUAGCUGCUGGAUUUGCCACCGAAUCGGAACAUGUCGACCAGUCGUCAGCUGAGCGAGAGCAGGGCCAUCCCGACCAGGACGGUGUUGAUCAACGACACAACGCAGCUACCUCACGACUACUGCACCACCCCCGGAGGCACUUUAUUCUCCACCACCCCCGGAGGGACCCGGAUCAUCUACGACCGGAAGUUCCUCCUGGACAGGCGCAACUCCCCCAUGGCCCAGACUCCGCCGGCUCACCUGCCUGUCAUCCCCGGAGUGACCAGCCAAAAUGUCCUACGUGAGAACAGGAAGAACGAAGCCAACAACCAUAUCAACCACCGUGAUGGCAAGCCCACAACUGGUGAUGAUGCUCAGUUUGAAAUGGACAUCUAACUGACAGGAACAGCACCAGCAAAAAGCAAAUGACCUGGCAUCACAUGUGCCAGUGGCUUGGCUUGUAGAAUCCAAUGUUGUGAGCCCUCAUGGCAGCCAUCUUCUUUAACUCUCUGUCUCACUGCUGGAUGUAAUGUGUGUAAACCAUGGGGAGUCAGUAUAUCAUGCAUACAGGUACAGUGCUGCCAACUCUGGAAGGUUUAUUUUGUAUAGAUUUCCAUGGUCACCCAUCGCUGUACAAAUCAACAACCACUCAGGCCUGGAUAUUAUGUACCCAGACACAAGGUCCAAUUAGUCGACUGCAGUGCUCAUUUUACAGCUUUCUGAGUCGGGAUCCUCAACAGAGCUCACUGUCAAACCCGUACUAUUCUGAGUUAAUUGGGGGAGGAAGUGGUCAUUUUUUAAAACUGGCCUUAGAAUCAGUCAAAAACUUUGAUAUUCAUAUUCAGACUUUGGUUCUGCAGGCCUGUGUGUGCAUGUUAUUUAAGUGAUUUGUUUUUCUUUUUUUGUUUUUGGAACUACUUGAAAAGGUCCACAAUCUAUUAUCGUUUGUUUGGUCAGUUUAGUUUCCCCCUGACGGUCUGUAAAAGGGAUGCUACUUGUUUUCAUUUUCCCAAUUAGGCGAUAAUUUCAUGCAAUUCCAAGAUUUUAGCUGUCAUAAGCAACACGAGCCUGUGAAACUUUCUGAUUUUCAGAGGAACAUUUUUUUAAAGUGAAUCUUAGGCUGUGACGUUGAUCGUUUUUUAAUUCAUCAAAUAAUUGUAUUUCCCACUAUUACUAUAAAGCUAAUUGUAAAUCCAUCAACUAAACGCUCUUCAUUAAAAUUAGAUUUUAGAAAAAUAUAUCAAUAAUCAAACCUCUUUGGUCGUCACGAUCUUGCUCUAAAUUUAAUUUACACAUUUUACCCCCUGCCGUGAAACGUGAAAACACUUUUAAAACCUACUUAGGCUUAACUGGUUUAUUGUUUUGGCGGGGGAGUUGUGUUCAUUCAUAAGAGUGUUCACACCUGUAACAUCCGUCCUGAUUAAUCUGAUCACAAGGGGUCUGCCCCAAAUUCAGGUCUUUAAUUCAAAUUAGUCAAAUCUUAAUACCUGCAUUCAGCUCAUUGAUUCACUUAGUACACUACUCCUCUCUCUCUCUCACACACACACACACACACACACACACACACUCUCACACUCUCACAAAUGCUGUCAUUGGACUCAUCUGUAAAGUCAGACUGCGUAAAAAAAACAUCAUUCUGUCUUCACAGACCAAAUGAUGUCAAUGAUUAUUUGCAUAUAGAGCGGGUAAGUGAGAUCCAGGAGAUGCUUCCAGGACAAAUUUUAAUGUCGGGUGUGAACAGACAAACUUCACGCUGUUCACUUGUGAUCAGAUCUCUCGGGACAGAGUUAAUAUCAGAUCUGAACAGGGUCCAAGAAAAGGAGUAAAUACUUUCUGAAUCUCCAGACCAGCUACACAUGUAGAACAAAUAGGAAUAGGUUAAAUUUAAAUUAAUGGGUGGAAUAUGAGAUUUUUUUAAGAAACUUGAAAUAAAUCCUGAUGUUUUAUAUGCAUUUUAUUGUUGAAUACAGUUUAUUGGUAUUGAGGGUGAUUAGUUUGGGAAUAAGAGCUGUCAAGCCUUUGGAUUGGUCAAGGAACCAGGAAACACUGUUUGAACCGGGCUUGAUGGAGGCUGUCCCUUAAUCUACAAAUCUGUCCCCAGUGUCCUUAAUCCACUUUACGUUACCUGUUCACGUGUCAUGUCUGCCCAUGCCUUACUUGACAUGAAAUGCAGUAACUAUAAACCUAGGCUCCUUGUCAUCAAUUUGUACUUUCCAACAGAUGUUUAUUUUUUCACUGUAACAUUGAAUAGGUAACAUUGUACUUAACACUUGAGAGAGAAACAAAUAGGUUUUAUGGGUUUUUUUUUCCUUUCAUAAUUUCCUUCCUCAUGCAGCUGUGAAGUUUGAACGUGUGAUGACAUUCGUGUCAUUCUGGGAUUCUGAAGUACGUAGGGUGAUGUGGUUAAAAGAGCGCCACGCGCUCAUUUAGUCUGUCAUCAUAGUCAUUACUGCUUAUUGUGCUCAGUCCAAGUAGUAACUCUGAACUUGGCCCAAAAAAAAAAUCACGAUAGACAUUGUGUUUUUGUUGCAUUUAAAAUCCAUUCAUUAAUUUCUCUGCGUGAAUGGAACCACUGAAUGGCUGACACGAUAUAUUUCAUAGAUUUUAUUUAAUUUCCUUUUUAUUUUGGGCUUGUAAUUAACUCUGGCCAUGUUUGGUGUCGAGUACAUCGAGGGGAUUGCUUGAACCCGAUUUGCAUUGCACAUUUUAAUUUUGGCGAUAAAGCUCUGUAUAACAGCAUAGUCAUUCGGAUUGCAGAUUUAUAUAAAAUCAGUUUGGUUUGACAAUGAGGGCUUUAACAUUGUGUUGAAAGAGAUGUGGAACAAAGUAACUGUUACCAUCUGUUCAGAUUUUAAACAACUUUUAUUUUCACUGAAUCUCCAACGGCAGUGGACAUUAUUGCUGCGAGAUCAAUAAAGUUCCGUAACAAAGAAAA